AGUCCGUGUUACAUAAGAGUCUGCCGCUGCUGUAUGUUGGAAGAAAACAGGAAGAGUCUAUAGCUAACUCCUACUGCUUGGAGGUCCCUGUUAGAUUAGACGCCACACAAUGGUAGAAAUAGAUAACACCGUCCCUCUGAAAAAAACGUUAAACUCUGAUCUUUAAGUCUUUGAAAUUUACAAACAUUUAGGGGAAAAAUACAUUCCCAGUGAUAUUUUAUGGUCAAUUGCUUCCAUCUGGAAGUGCGAUCUCAUUGCCUUUAUUGUAUGUGUGUGUGUGUGUGUGUGUGCAAGCCAGUGAGAAUGUAUGUAUGUGUUUGAGCUAAUGAUGCAAUCUUUUUUCCAUAUGUCUCAUUGUUGUCUGGGUGUCGGCAAAGAGGUUCCAUCUGUGUUCAUAUUUAACACCACCAAUGUUGUGGACUUUGACUUCAAACCAGUAUGUACAUAGAGUGCAAUACUUUUGGAAAGAUGUCAUUGAAACAUUUCCAUGUUUCUCAAACUGUCAGGGACAGGACUCUGGGAAACAACGAUACAGUAGAACAAUGAAAUGCUGCCCUUGGCAGGGGUGCAGUUUUCAUUCACUGUUUUUGUGAACUGCUCGUAAAUUCCAUGGCUAGUAAAAAACAGGAUGUAUUUACAAUUGGACUAGAAAAGAAAACAAAUACUACUAGAAAUACACACAAAACGAAAAGGCUAGGAAAUAACAAACUAGCUUAAUAGCGGCUAAAAUGUAACACAAAUUUAAUUUAAUUACAUGCAUGACUCAUGACUGAAAUUUAACAAAAUUAACCAAAAGAGCUUGAGUUACUGAAAAAAAACCCCAAACAAACAAACCCAGGUCUAAACCAGUACACACAGAAACCUUAACAGUCUUGGCUUGAAUAUACUCUUGCACCAGGAGAUAGCAUUAGCCAUGUUAAUCACCCCGGAAAAAAUAAAGAAAUAUCUAUCAGCAGCACCGACCUAGUCCCAGCAGACUGAAGAACCAGUGAUUGUUGUUUAAGAUUUUCAUAACAAGGAUUUAUGAAAAAUCUUUAAUCAGAACAUUUAUCAUGUUUGUGUUCACAAGCAGCUGGAACUUAAUGUUGCAUGUCCCACUCACAGUGAGACUACGGUCACUGGCUGCAGGAGGAAGUAUAAAUAGUUGCUUUACUCUGAGGAUUAGAGAAAGAGCAGCAAGAGAUCACCUGGAGCAAUGAAACAGUCACACACACACACACACAGAGAGAGAGAGAGAGAGAGAGAGGGAGAGGGAGACAUUGUUUAAAUGAAAGUUGUCACAACGUCUGCUGAAUUCUCAGUUGAGUUAGUUUAGAAAGAAUUCACAGUUAGUAUCCGCUCUUAAUGGUAUUUUUAUGAAAGACAUAAUACUGUCAAUAUUCGGCUUGGGUAAAAAUGUCGUUUCCUGUUUGUCUUUGUCUUGUGUUUGCUUGGUUAUCUCCAGCUCUGUGCUUGCAAAGAGAUUUAUUUGCUGAUUAUCUAGGAUAUCUUUCUUUAUUCCUUUGUUAUCUGAAUGGGCAAUCUUGAAUUUGUGCUAUUCUGUUAUUCAAUCAUAUGUUUUUUAUUUUAUUUUAUUUUGUUUUGUUGGUGGUUGGUAGCAGGAUGAUUCUUUUUAUGCUUAUGAAACAGAUAUGUUACAGGAUGAAGGAAAAUAGGCUUAGUUAAAAAACUAAAGUCAAUUACAAAUGAAUCGAGCUGACAGUGUACUCCUUAUUGUGCCUGCCCCGUCCUGAGCCAUGACAGUCCUUCACAUAUCCACUUAGCUCUUCUGUCACUAAGCUGCUUAUACAGCAGGUGAAUGGAGACACUGGCAGAGAUUUGUUUACAGAGGCAACGGAAGCAUGUAGUUUUGUAUAAAGUUGACUUUAGUGGCUUCAUUAUUCAGUAAAAAUCUGGAUUUUACUCUUUUCUCCUAACUGUGAAGAAGAGAAGUCUGUGAGUGCGGUCCGGAUCCAAUCAUCUGCCAUGGAGUGCAGUGACCAGAUAACACCUCACCUGAUGCUGGCUGUAGGGACAGCUGUGAUUGGCUCCCUGCAGUUUGGCUACAACACAGGUGUCAUCAACGCUCCUCAGAGUACGAUUGAGAGCUUCUACAACGAGACAUGGAUGAACAGGUUCUCAGAGCCAAUCUCACAGAGCACACUAACAGCUCUGUGGUCACUGUCUGUGGCCAUCUUCUCAGUGGGAGGCAUGUUCGGCUCCUUCUCUGUUGGCCUCUUUGUUACCCGCUUUGGCAGGAAAAACUCCAUGCUCAUGGCCAACGUGCUGGUCGUUGUCGCUGCUGCAUUUAUGGGCUUCUCCAAGUUGGCUUUGUCCUUUGAGAUGCUCAUCAUCGGCCGUUUCGUAAUCGGUCUCUACUCUGGUCUGUCCACUGGUUUCGUGCCCAUGUAUGUGGAAGAGAUUUCACCCACGUCUCUCAGAGGAGCCAUGGGCACGCUGCACCAGCUUGGCGUCGUGAUCGGCAUUCUCCUGGCACAGAUCUUUGGAAUUGAAUCCAUCAUGGGUAACGCCUCUCUGUGGCCUCUGCUGUUGGCCUUCACCCUGCUGCCUGCAGCCCUACAGUGUGCCCUGCUGCCCAUCUGUCCUGAGAGCCCCCGAUACCUACUGAUCGAAUGCAAUGAAGAGAGCAAAGCCCGCAGCAUUUUAAUGAAGCUGCGGGGAAGUGACGAUGUGGGUGAGGAUCUUCAAGAGAUGAGAGAGGAGAGCCAGCAGAUGAGGAGGGAGAAGAAGGUGACCAUCCCAGAGCUGUUCCGCUCCCCUGCCUACAGACAGCCCCUCCUUGUGGCGGUCAUGCUGCAGCUUUCUCAACAACUUUCUGGAAUCAACGCUGUUUUCUACUACUCCACUGGAAUCUUUCAGAAGGCAGGAGUAUCUCAGCCUGUUUAUGCAACCAUCGGUACCGGAGUGGUCAACACUGCCUUCACCGUUGUCUCUUUGUUUGUGGUGGAGCGAGUCGGCAGGAGACCACUUCACCUCACUGGUUUGAUGGGAAUGUCAGUGUCAGCAGUUUGUCUGACUGUUGCCAUGGCGUUGUUGGACCAGCUCCCAUGGAUGUCCUACCUCAGCAUCGCUGCCAUCUUCAGCUUUGUGGCAUUUUUCGAAAUUGGCCCUGGUCCCAUCCCCUGGUUUAUCAUAGCUGAACUGUUCAGUCAGGGGCCCAGACCUGCUGCCAUUGCUGUGGCUGGUUUCUCCAACUGGUCUUCAAACUUCUUAGUGGGGAUGUGCUUCCCAUAUAUUGAGCAACUCUGCGGUCCCUACGUCUUCAUCAUCUUCACCGUCCUGUUGCUCGGUUUCUUCGUCUUCACCUACUUCAAGGUGCCGGAGACCAAGGGUCGCACCUUCGAUGAGAUUGCAGCAGGUUUCCGACAGUCAGCAGGUCACGGUGCAGACAAGUACUCGGCUGCCGAAGAGUUCAACACCCUGAGGGGAGACGAUCCUGACCUUUGAAUGCUGCUCUAGGUGUUCACAUUCAAACCUUUUACAAGUGAGGUGAACACACAUGCGACUCACUCAACCCAGCUGACAAUGUGGCCCCACAUACAAUAACCAUUUACCUUCUGACCCCAUAUGUGCAGUUCACUUGGAGCUCCCCUGGUACAGUACAUGUGGUGCACAUGCUUCAUGCAGCUGUGCACUUGGUUUAAUUAAUAAUAUACAAAAUUCUAUUCAUAAAAAUUCUCAAUUUUUGAUUCAAUUACUGGUCUGAAUUAGUGGAGUGGAAGCUAAUCAUGACUAAAGGAGGGCUUGUGAACAAACAUGAACCUGAAGGGUUUUUUAAUUAAGUAACUUUUUUUUCUUUACCUAAUACGUAUAUGGCAUUUUGGUCUUUUUCACUUGUGAUGUUAGACAAAUCAAUCAUAAGCAAUAUUUUAAAAAUAACAUAGAAUAGCUAAAAGGAAAGCUAAAAUACUAAAAUUAUGUGUAGUACAUGAAUUGUAAAUGUCUUGCAUUUUUAAAAUGUGUCCAACCACAGAUUCUGUGCUCUUUUAGUAAGUGUUUUUUUUUCUUUUCUUUUUUAGUGUUUGGUUGCGGUUUUUUGGAACUUUUUAAGUAAGUAAAAUUCCUCUAAAGUUUUUAUGUCCUAGAUCAAGGGUCUCAAAACAUUUUUUCUCUGAGAGCUCCUUUUACAAAAUAAAAUUCUUUGUAACAAUUAUUUUCAUAGAUCAAUGUGAACAAACAAAUUCAUUAAGCUUUGCAUGAACAUUUACCUUAUGUUACUGUCCACAUAUCACAUUAGGCUCACAUCAAUAAUAUUAUUAAUAAUAAUGACAAGGGUGGUGGCGAGAGUGCAGCGGUAGGAUUGCCUUAGUGCAGUGGUUCUCAUUUAUUUUGACCAUCCCCUGCCCCACCAAAUGUUCUUAUUUGAUGAGAACCAUGUGGAGAAACAAAAAAGUUCUUCAUAAUUCUUCACCACUUGAACAACAUGUCGUUCGAUUUUAAGAUUUUACUGAAAAAAAAUCUCAAAAUGCUGUAAUUGAUACAUGAAGAAAAGGUGAGAGUGAUCACACUGAUUGAACAGCAGACACAGACAGAGGGGGAAGUGACACUUAAUUUUUGUAUUUGUAGCUGAAAUAUUUUCAUACGUAUAUUGUAAUAUAUGAUACAAUUAUUAUAAAAAUAUUGAUGCAGCUGGAGGCCAAAUCUUUAACAGCGUCUGGCUUUUGAGACAAUAGUUGCAAUGAAGCGCUUCUAACGCUAGAGGUCAGCAUUUCAGCACACAUUUUCUAGGUAUGCCACAGGUUCUUUCAAACUGGAGUGUUUGUCAUCUGUUUCCUAAGAAGUAAAAAAAAAUCACAUAAAAAGGUCCACAUCACUCUCUGAUCCUAAACGCUCUAUAUGAAAAUAAUCAGAAUCUGCCUGGAGAAUAUCAUCUCCUCAUCUGUGAUAGGAAGGUCUCGUCUGUCUUACCUCUGAAAUACUUCCACGUCAUUCCACUUCAGUUGUUUUAUUGAACACUUUUUUAGUUGUUUGCUCUUGUCUUCUCUAAGUGCAGCUUUGCCUCCAUGUUGGCAGCGGUUGUGCUGAGUUUGCGUCAUUUGAACACAAGCCCUGCAAAUCAAACAUGCCGUUUUAUCCUCCCAGGAAGCAACACACAUCACUUUUAUCUUCUUUGGCUUUUUUUCUGUUUGUUGUACAACAGUCUUUGUGCAUACAGUGUCUCUGUUUUACUGUGUUUAUUUUAUUUUUAUAUUUUCUCCAGCAUGCUUUGUGGUCUGUCAAAUCAGCUCUUCUAGACCAAGGGAUCCUGAACUUUUCCAUGAAAAAGUCGCCCAAAACAGCAUUAACUUGCAAACCCACAGACAAUUCUACAAAAUAUAUAAAUAAACAUCAACUUUUAUUCACUAUUUACUAUUUGUUUAGCAUUAUCAUAUGAUUAAUAAUGUUUACAAGACUGUUUCCACUGAAAAAUAAACUUUCCAACAAACUGUUGACAGAUAAGAACAGAAAAAAACCAAAAACAAAUCAAAUGUGUCAACGCGAUUCCCAACAUAGUUCAAAUUCGUGUUGUCCAUUUUGCACUAGGUAGCUACACGCUAGCUUGAGAAGCAGAGCUUCAUAACAGGUGCGAAUCGUUGCCGUUAUGCCAAAAUUCGCAAUUGUCGUACAAGGUGCCUUCAGGUACCAUCAGAAACUUGAGUAUUUGAAGAUUAUGCUAGUUUACAUGUGGAACGGUUCAGGACAAAUGGUUAUUUUAAAGAAGAAAUGAUUCUUUUGAUUAGCAAUAGUGAAUUUAUGAGGCCCGCCCUAGCGCCCCAUACUUGAAAAUCAUUGUUGUAGAUCACCAGUUGGUGCAGGAUGAAAACAUUUUCUGACCAGAGACAAAAUAUUAAGGCAGGAAUAAACAAAUAUUUUCCAACUUUGACGUUUUGCCUCCUCCAGUGGUGAUCUAUACAGAGGGCCAUUGAUCUGAUCCAUCAGCUAAAUCAUCCUGUCCCUGUGUUGGGUGAUGGUAUUUUGAUGAAUGAAGUUUUUCAGUGUGAUGAUUCAUCAAAACAUGUUAUAUUUGAACACAUUAUUGUGAUAUAACUAUUGCUGCCAAAUCCUCAGAUUUGCUGUGUUUCCAGUCUGUACAUUCCAUAAAUUGGUCCGUCUUGUUGUUGGACUUCAUCCUUAUCACACCAGUGCAGCAUCAUAACAUUCCAAAUCAAUAUCAGUCAGUCAAUUAAGACUGGUAAAAUCAAAUCAGGCAUUGAUUCGUGUUCCGGACAGCUGCUGGGCCUGAAGAUAACGACUUGGAUGACGUUUUAAGAGGCGAUUGAUAAUUAUAAACUCUUGAUAUUUCUCCCUCUAUUCAUUAGUGGUUCAUUUUUUAACAUUUUGCUCCAUUUCAUGGCAGACUCACUGCAUCAGUGGCAUGGCUUUCUGUAGCCGUACACGACUUCCCUGUGAAUACAAGAGAACGUAACUGCAGUUCUGUUCAAACCCACAGCUGCACGCCACUCUGUCUGGUUCUGUCAGACAUUUAUUCCAGUAAAAAGAGAGUGUGUUUUUCAUCCCCACUCUUUUGCGUGAUCAAUAAAGCAUCUCACUUAGCCCACUCAGUCUGUCAUCGUUUCUAACCACAGAGACUUGUGAAUGAAAGGGAAAAGAGUGGAGCUGUUGUUUGUGAGAGUUCAACGUAUGACAGUGAUAUUUUAUGCAAAUGGAAACGUCUCUGAACAAACAGGAAGAGGGAACAGAAGGACAAGGGUGAUUUUCACACACUCUAAACAAAGAAACUCAACCUCUGGUAAAUGAAUAAUGUUAAAGGCUGAAUAUUCAGCCUGUCCUUAACGGUCCAUCUGUCAUUUUAGAUCAUUACUGCUGAUAUUACAUCUAUUCUGUUAAACCUUUGAUAUAGAGAAAUAACGUUGUAUCUGGUUUCAAUGUCCAAACUAUAAAUUCAGGCUUUCCCAUGGCAGAAUCAUAGUCAAAAACAAAUGGACACAGCACACAAAUGUUUGAAAGUGAUUUGAAACAAGUAUGCUUAAACUGAUUAUUACAUGACAAAAAAAAGUCAUUUCAGAGGCGCAGAUUGUUGCCUGAUUGAUUAAAGCUGUCAUUUUACCCAAUAAUAAUAAAAUAA